AUGGCUGAUUCCGACGCCGACCUCUCGCGAGGGCCGGUUCUUCUGUCCUUUUCCCUUGCCACCGCCAGCUUCGCCCUGGCCACCACCUUUGUUCGAUUUUACAACCAUGCCGGCAUCUACGGCCGCUUCGGCGCCGACGACUACACCAGCGGGGCGGCCACUCUGGUGGCACUAAUUGGGACCGUCUUCGGCAUCAUCGAGGGCACCGCGUCAGAUCCGGUGCGCGCCUUAGAGUUCAAUGUGCUAGGCCAGCCGUGGUACCUCCUCAGCGUCACGCUCAGCAAGAUCUCGAUAUGUCUCUUUUUCAUGGGCCUCCUCCGGCGGGCGCGCCAGUGGAGGCUGCUGCUGGCUGGGCUUAUCGUCUUGCUGGCCGUCGUCAACCUGGCUUUUGCCCUGGCCGUCUACGUUCAGUGCCGGCCGUUGGACAAGGUGUGGAUUCCGUCGAUGGUCGGCAGCUGCUCGGAUCCACGCGUCCAGCUUUAUCUGGGAUAUGCGCAAGGCGGUGAGCCGUCCGUCGAGAUGCGACUUACUUGCCAGUAG